UGUGGCGCAGAUGUCUCCGAGGCAGCGGCUGAGACGGUUUGGCGAAGAUGGCGGACUCGCUGUCGACAGGUCUGGGUGAGGAGAAAGAGAAGGAGAAGGAGGACAGGGAGAGGCACAGAAAGGUUGCCAAAACCGAGAAGAACAAGGAGAAGGACGGAGUCACGGAGACGCUGGGGUUCAGCGACAAAAAUGGCGGCAGUAUGGGCAAGAAACGCAACCUGUCAGACCUGUCUUUGGUCAGAUUUAUAACUACUGAACUGACCAGAGGCUAUUUCCUGGAACACAAUGAGGCCAAAUACACAGAGCGCAGAGAGAGGGUCUACACCUGCCUCCGCAUCCCCAAGGAGCUGGAGAAGUUGAUGACAUUCGGCUUCUUCCUGUGUCUGGAUGCCUUUCUCUAUGUGUUCACACUGUUGCCCCUCAGAGUCAUUCUGGCCCUUUUACGACUUCUCACAUUGCCGUGCUGUGGCCUCAGUGGCUCCCGCCUGCUUCAGCCAGCCCAGGUGUGUGAUGUGCUGAAAGGCUUCAUUAUGGUGUUGUGUUACUCAAUGAUGAGCUACGUGGAUUAUGCCAUGAUGUACCACCUCAUCAGGGGACAGUCUGUCAUCAAAUUGUACAUCAUCUACAAUAUGUUAGAGGUGGCAGAUCGCCUGUUCUCAUCAUUUGGCCAGGACAUCCUGGACGCUCUGUACUGGACAGCCACUGAACCCAAGGAGAAGAAGAGAGCGCACAUAGGAGUGAUUCCUCACUUCCUCAUGGCUGUGCUCUACGUCUUUCUCCAUGCCAUCCUCAUCAUGGUUCAGGCCACAACUCUUAACGUAGCCUUCAACUCCCACAACAAGUCUCUGCUCACCAUCAUGAUGUCAAACAACUUUGUGGAGAUCAAAGGAAGCGUGUUUAAGAAGUUUGAAAAGAACAACCUUUUCCAGAUGUCAAACAGUGACAUAAAAGAGAGGUUCACUAACUACAUCCUCCUGCUCAUCGUCUGUCUGAGGAACAUGGAGCAGUUUUCAUGGAACCCUGACCACCUGUGGGUGCUGUUUCCAGAUGUUCUCAUGGUUAUAGCCUCGGAGGUUGCCGUGGAUGUUGUCAAGCACGCUUUCAUCACCAAAUUCAAUGACAUCAGUGCCGAUGUAUAUGGAGAAUACCGAGCCAGCCUUGCCUUUGACCUUGUCAGCAGUCGACAGAAAAAUGCUUACACAGACUACAGUGACUCAGUGUCCAGAAGAAUGGGCUUCAUCCCCCUUCCUUUAGCUCUGCUGUUGAUCAGAGUAGUGACCAGCUCAGUGAAAAUCCAGGGUUCCCUCUCUUUUAUGUGUGUGCUUCUGUUUUACUUGGGGAUGAUCACUCUAAAGGUGCUGAACAGUAUCGUUUUGCUGGGGACGUCUUGUGUGUUCGUCAAAGAGGCCAACAUGGAAGAAAAGCUCUUCGACCCUCCACCGUCUGCCGUCUCCAGCCGUGCAAACUCCAGAGCUCACCGGACCAAACACGUUCACAUUUCACCACAGCAAGAACCCACAGCGGACAAAGGAGGAAUAUCACUGGCAUCAGACAAUUCUCAGACCAACAUCGCAGAGAGCUCUGCCCCCACGCUUCCCAAAAGUGACUCAGACACAUUCCUGACAACGCCCGACGAAGAGGACGAUGACAAAAUCAUCAACGCUGACACAGGACUGGAAGGAGAUGAACCCAAAAACAGAACACCCAAGAAAGACUUGCUGGAGAUAGACCGCUUCACCAUCUGUGGCAACCGAAUAGACUGAAUGCCAUAGGAACAACCAGUCACUGUCCUGGAAACACAGCGAGGUUCAGGGAUCAGACACGGGUCACGGAGCAUUCUCAGACCAGACUUAUUCUUGUGCACCUGACCCCUGGAGUAUUUAUUUAUUUAUUUCUGACAAAACCAGCCAAGGCAUAAAGCUGUUACUACAAGCAUCAGAGGCCGCUUCAGAUCUUUCCAGCUGGUCCGGUCUGUUUCCUGUUAAUCAGGUAGACUCUGAGGAUGGGUUGCGGUCAUCAUGGCAACUUGCAGAAAUGCACGUUGAUGACAGCAGUGUGGAAAAGUGGUGUACACAGCUGGAGCGGAGCACAAAGAAAGAAACUAAACCACAUAUGUGAAAUUGUGUGUGAUCAUAGAAACGUGGACCGUGCAAAUGUGUGUUCCAGAGCACAAUCAUAUGUACAGCGAGGAGUUGUUUUUAGACCGAACAAAAACUUGUCAAUUUUUACAUUUUUUUUUUAUUUCAAUUGUCUGAAAAAUUCAAAUUUCAAAUGAAGUUUUUAUGAAAAAUCUCAGACGUUUUUUUUUUUUCUAAAAUCGACCGUGUUCAGCUGCUGGAUUAAGACUCACUAACACAUGAACACAUUGUUGAAAUCACUCUGCAGACACAUGCACCUCCAUAUAUUUUAAGAAAUCGCUUUUUAAUUCAGUUACCAUGAUGAGCCCAGAAGUCCAACAUGUUAAACAUGGCAGCAGUGACACAACAUACAGUCUGGCAUGAGCUCAUUGUCUUUGAUUGCCAUCUUUGGGUUACACAGUUUGAACUUUAUUUUUUUAGAUGCAGAUAAACGUUCGGAGGUUUUAGUAUGAUGCCGUUUGUGUUGAUAUUAUUACUCUGAAGCACUGAGACAAGAUGGUGCCUGUUUGUGAAGUCGUUAGUAUUAUUUUGAAGUGACCUCCAAGCCAGACAGGUUUGGCAGAUAUUUCUUUUUAUAGUGAUUUUUUUUUCCCAGUAUGGUUCACCAUUCAAGCAUGCAGCCUCGGAUAAUCAUUUCCACAGCAUAGGCGUAUGGCAAUUUUUAUAUGGGAAACUGUGAUCUGAAGAAAUGUCUUGGUGAAGUACCAAUGUGCGCAUGGUCUCAUUUUAAGUUCAUGUUUGGUGUGUGACACCAGCAUCAGCUAAACAUAUUUUCCAAUUCUUCAUCAUUAUCCUGACAGUGAUAUGAAAAGUAAUUAAGAUUACAUAUAUGCAGGUAAAAUGGUCAAGGGUGCCUGAAGGCUAAGCCACAGCUGUGUCAGUCACAUCUAAAUGACAAGUAACAGGAAGGAGUACAAUAAUAGCUCUGUAAUCACAUGAAAGCAGUGAACCAAGUAAUUUUCAUUUGGCAGGGAACUGUACGAAGGGAAAAAUCAGGUUUGAUCCCCGAGCUUUGCUGGCACUGUUUGGUGCGGAGGGCUGCGGGCUUAUUGGAAGAGGCUCUUUGCAAUGCUUGUAUACUCAAACAGUCUUAUAUGCUGUGAAAGCUGGAGGCACUGUUUAAUCAGUUGAGUAAAUCAGACUGCUUUGUCUGCUCUGAAAGUGUCAGGAGUUGCAUGUCCUGGGUAAAAAGCUAAGACCAACCAAGCUCCGAUUUUUGCCUCUCAUGUAUCAUCAUUACAUGCAAGCCACGUGGUAAACACUGCACUUAAGAAAAAAAUAACAAUACCAGGUGAUCUUCAACAAACCCAGAAGGUCAACACACAACACUUGUUGCUGUUCUGAUCCAGAAUAAUCACUUGUCAAUUAUAAUAAUGAAGAUUUUAACCUGUUUUCAAGUUGCAGCUCUAUUUUCUUGUUGCUAGCCAAAAUUAUAACAAUAUCCUUGCUCAGUUUCUACUUAGAUCUACACUAUUUGUCUAUAUUUCUGUUACUUUAUAUUAUAUUAAGGUUUUAUACAAAAUAAUGUGUUUGUAUUUUUCUUGCGUCUUGCAUAACAAGUAAGUUAAUUGAUUUUGAGCUGCCUGGGAAGGAGUUAGAUCUGCAGCUUGGAAAACAGGUUACAAAGGUCUUGCACUUAGACGUAGUCUUAGAGACGUCAGGUGAGUAAGAUCAAAAACUCUUUGACUGAAGCAAAUACUUUAUUAAGACAAAACAUGUUAUUAAUUAACUGAGCACAAGUGAUGGAUAGUGUGCUGGAUUCGUUAUCAUGCAGUAGAUGGAACAUUGUUUUCAUCCAGAUGGUCUGAAGACCCCUAGAGCAGAGGAAAAUGUUGUUAAAUGAUCACCAGGUGUUUGUUGCUCAGAAAAAUGGAUGCUUUGUGUAGCUGUGUCUCAAAUGUAAUGGUUACACCUGAGAGGCACAAACCUGGAGUAAGUCCAACCUCACUGUGGGAGGACAGUCAGUAGCGUAAAAUAUCUGCAUACUUGCAAAAGAAGGAUCAAGUGUGUGUAUGUAUCAUGAUAGUAUGAUGUGUGUGUGUCUGGGAGAGAAAUUGCAGUGCAUGAAUGGUUCUCACUACUUACAAAUGAAUCCGAUAUUUGAUGUUUUUAUUUUUCAUGUACAAACCAUCUGUGUAAUGUAUCUCCUUACAUGGCAAAAGGAGAAUAAAACAAGAUUUUGUUUUGUAA